AUGAAUCCAUCGGUACCUAUUGUCUCACAAGAGACAAUAGUAAUACAACAACAACAACAACCAGUUAUUCCGUCUCCUAGUACAAUUAAUAUUAUAAAACCUAUAUCAAAUCCGAGAAUUUCAGCUCCAACCUACGACACUUUAUCAUCACCAAUUAUCACACCCAGUCCAUCAAUUGCUGUUACUUCUAGUUAUGCUCAACCAAUCGAGCAACAGCCUGCUAUUGAAAGACGUUUACCAAGUGAAAUCCUUUCAUCUGUAUCUAUUGAAAUUCAAGCGCCAACAAUACAUAUGAUUCCGUCACCGAUCAUUUUACCACCUAUAAUAGAGACAGAUCUACCGAUUCCUUCAUCAAUUCCAUCUUCUCGAAUGAGUACUGAAAUGUGCAAUUGUCAAUGUCCAAUCAGUGGAUUAGUACCAAUUGUUUAUAAUAAUCGUCAACAAAGUUGUACAAUUGGUACGAAACGAAAACGUCGAGAUCAUCAUUUUAUCGAUGAUGGUGAUGAUGAUGAUUAUUAUCAUCCCAGACCAAUUGACUAA